AUGUUUUUAAGGAAAACAGAAGAAAAUAAAAAUAGCAACGAAAAUGCAGUUGAAGCUUGUAUAUCAUAUUAUGAAGAUUUUAUAGAAUUGAGAAAAAAAAUUAUAUUGAAAGAAAAGGAAAUAAUUGAAAAACGCAAAAAUAAUAUAAAGAUUGGUGAAAAUCAGAAAAACAAAUUUUCCUACAGAUCCUUUGAUGAAUUUUAUAAAUGUAAAAAAAAUUUUGAAGAAUAUGAGAACAAGAUAAAAAAUGAGACUUGGAAAUUAUUAAAUAAAGUCAAUCAUAAAAAUAAUAAUUCUAAUGAAGAACAAAUUAAAAAUGAUGAAAAAUAUUCUUAUAUAAAAUUCAAAACAGAAAGACAAGGCACUGUUAAGCAGUUAAAGGAGUAUUUUCAAAAAAUACAAGAAGAAAAAAUACAAAAAAGAAAUAAUUCUCUCUAUAUAAAGAAUAAUGUAAAAUCUACAAUUAGUAUAAAAUCAAAAGACAGCAAAGAAGAAUUAAGAAAAAAAAAAGAAACUAUUUUAGAAAAAAGUAAAAAUGAAGAAAAGGAAUACAUUUUAAAAAAUAAUGAGAAUGAAGAAAAGGAAUACAUUUUAAAAAAUAAUGAGAAUGAAGAAAAGGAAUAUAUUUUAAAAAAUAAUGAGAAUGAAAAAAAGGAAUAUAUUUUAGAAAAUAAAGAAAUAGAAAAAAGAGAAACUGAAACAUAUAAUAAUAUAUCUAGAAGUGAAUUAGAAAAAAGUUCUAUUAAUACAAGUCAGAAUAAGAAUGAAAUUAAUGAACAAAAUAAAAGGAUUGAAAACAUGAAUUCAAAAGAAAUAGAAUUAUUAUAUAAUCUAAUUAAUGAAAUGAAAAACAGUUAUGAAAGUGAUGAAGAUUAUAUUUCUAAUUUAAUAGAAGAAUUACAUAAUUCUAAUAAAAGAUAUAUGAUUGAUAAGAUAUUAGAUUUAUUAAAAAUAUUUGAUGAUAAAGUUAGUUCAAACGUGUUAAAUAAAAAAUUAAAAGUUAAUAAUUUACAUUUAGAAAAAGAUGAAAAAAUUGAUAAUAAUACCAACUAUGAUGGAGAAUUAAAGGAGAUGGAAGAGAUAUUGGAAAACAAAAAGUUAAAUAAUGAAAUGGAUAAAUUAAAUAAAAAAUUCAUAAAAGAAAAUGAAGAUUUUAUUAAAAAUAAAGAACAAUCUAAAAAAAUAAAUCAUAUAAAUACUAAGAUGGAACAUGACAAUAUAAAUAAAAAUAAAGAAAAAGAGAAAAAUAUAAUAGAAGAAGAAAAAAAAAUUAAAAAUGAAAUAUAUGAAAAAAUUAAAAGUGAAAUAGAAGAUGAAAAAAUUAAAAAUGAAAUAUAUGAAAAAAUAAAAAGUGAAAUAGAUGAUGAAAAAAUUAAAAAUGAAAUAUAUGAAAAAAUCAAAAGUGAAAUAGAAGAAAAAAAAAUUAAAAAUGAAAUAUAUGAAAAAAUCAAAAGUGAAAUAGAUGAUGAAAAAAUUAAAAAUGACAUAUAUGAAAAAAUCAAAAGUGAAAUAGAAGAUGAAAAAAUUAAAAAUGAAAUACUGUUGAAUAAUAGGAGCAUGAGUGACAGUGAUGUCACAAAAAAACAUAUAAAAGAGGAGAAUAUAUAUGAAGAUAAAUUAAAAAAUAAUUAUAAAAAUGAAAAUUUUAAUGUUUUAAUAGGUAAAACAGAAAAUAAUAAUGAAAAAGUUAAUAAAAGUAAUCAAGAUGUAUAUAAUAAAAAUGACAUUCCAUGUAAUCAAAAUAUAAAUAGCGAUAAUAAAAUAGAAAAAGAUACUAACUACACUAGCAAAUUUGAAUGGUUUUAUUCAAGUAUGAAAGAUAUAUAUGAAAAUGUAAAUGAAUAUGAGGAAAAUUCUAAUUUAAAUGAGGAGGUAAAAGAUUAUUCAAGUGAUGGUAGUGAAAACAAUGAUUUGUUUUUAUGGUUAAAAAAUAGAGAUGUUGAAAAUAUAUUAAAUGAAAAAAACAAAAUUAAAGAAGGAGAUAUAAUAGAAGAAUAA